AUGGCUGUCUCCAUUGUGUUUACGGCGAUGAUGUUCUGGCUGCUGGUUCUGUUCUGUCUCUGCUCCGUGGACUGCCUCAAGUGCCGCUCCCAGGAGGGACACGGCGAGCAGGAGCUCAAGAGGGUUGUGCGCAGCUGCAUGCACCGCGUUAGCAAUGGGAAUGGCAAUGGCAAUGGACAGGACGACAGCGAGGACAACAACAGAGGCUAUGGGCGGCAGGUGCAUCGCUACGACUAUGGCCAGGAGCAGGAUGGGCGCUCGAGCAACGGCUACCGAUGGCAGCGCAGCUUGAAGCAGUCAGAGAACAGAAACAGCUCCGAGGGCGAGGGCGGGCAGUGUGUGGCGCAGUGCUUCUUCGAGGAGAUGAAUAUGGCCGACUCGAAUGGCCUGCCCGAUCGCCGCAAAGUCAGCUACAUGCUGACCAAGGAUCUGCGGGAUCGGGAGCUGCGCAACUUCUUCAUGGACACGGUGCAGCAGUGUUUCCGCUACCUGGAGAACGGCCGCAGCAGCCGGAGCGGCGGCAACAAGUGCGCGCAGGCCAGGGAUCUGGUCAAGUGCAUGUCGGAGUAUGCCAAGGCGCAGUGCGACGACUGGGAGGAGUACGGCAGUUUGCUCUUCAACUAGGACCACUUACGCCGCUCUUGAGGUCCUCG